UUAGUUUUAAUUUAAAUGUUCAAAUGUCUUGCCACAGCUCUCUGGGAGGAGCUCUCUCUCACUCUCUCUCCGUCUAACACAGAGGACCGCGGAAGUGAAGACACCUUGUUGUUAUGCGCUGAAAUGGCAUUUCAAUAAAGUUUUAAAACGUUUUAUGGUCAUUUUGUGGAAAAAAAGCGACUCUAUUCGGCACUUGGACCUUUCAAUUGUUGCUGCUGAGUGCUUUUGCAUGCAUCACAAUGAAGGCUACUCUGACUUUGGUUUCAGCAUUUCUGGCUGUCCUUAAUGAAGGAGCGUUCUGCCAGAGUAUUCCGUCUGGUUUUGUGUUACUAAACCAAGCGUACACAUUCCCCGGUAACGCCAGCGGCUGUCAUCACGCUGAAUGGAGAAAGAGACCCCCCACAGACACCACUAUCGCCACAUACAAAAACCAUGCGUUCACGACUGAAAAAGGUUUUCAGGAAGAAUUCACAUGUAAAGACAACCAGCUGCUUCUCAAAUCAGCCAAAUACAUGGACCAGGGGCCCUAUGAGUUCAUCUGUGAUGGGGAUAAAACUCCAGUCAAUCUGGAUGUCUUAUAUGCUCUAAACGAGAGCGCGGUAGAGAUGGACAACAUCACCCUGAGCUGUUAUGCACACGAUGCCAAGGAUGUGACCUGGCUGCAUAACAACAAAAGAGUUUUGCACUAUAAGACGGACGGAUCCGUGAAUCCUGGCAAAGGCUACGAGAAAAGAGCUUCGCUGGAGAAGAACUGCUUCAAAACCGGCAAUUUUUCUUUGACCAUCACUCGUGUUCGCAAGGCAGAUGCUGGAAUAUACCGUUGCUUUGUGGAUGAUGAAACGGUUAAAGGAAACCCACAUGCCUCUGUGCUGCAUGUCAACGAGAAACGCUCCGGUCCAGCAGACCAGACACACUCCAGCUGCAAUGAAGCAAUUCUGAUCACGCUCACUGUAGUUUUUGGGCCCGUCUUGGUGAUCAGUGUGACAUAUUUGAUCACCACAGAAGUACGCAAACGUCAAUCCACGUCCACUACAGCGGAUGACACCCCUGAAACCGACCGUAUGCUGAUGUCUCCUACCAGCCCAACAACACCCGUCAAUGAAAGCCAGUCGGAGGUCACUCAUCCUGUUCAGGAGAGCGACUCCAUGGAAAAUAAGCCUUCCAACACCAGGCCUAUUAUUUUUUAAUGUGGUGAAAUGAGGCCUGUGAAGAUACAGACAGCUAGGCCUGUUUCACACUGCAAGCAACAGAGCUUUCACAGAAUUUCUGCUGCAUAACCGACUGCAAAAAAAGUUAUUUCAAAUAUUGAUUUAGUGGGGCAAAUUUAAUCUUUGUGGAAGAAGCAGGAACACAUUUACGUGUUUACUGUGUUUACUGUGAAAAACUGUUUUAAUUAAGCAUGGAAUAACUGACGACGGUUUCAGUGUGUGUCAAAGACAGACUUUCAGACCAAAAAUGUAUAUAUUUUUUCUCUUUCACUUUUGAAAUCUCACAGCAUUAGCCCUUUUAAUGUUAAUUUAUUGAAUGUUUUCUUUGUAAUGUUCACACAGUGCAUUAACUUCCUCUGUUCCUUUAAAAACAGACUGUCUCAUCAAAACACUCGUCUAGCUCCAUGUUUAGCACUCUGUUUUGACUCUGAAUAGAGUGUUACUUGUAGUAGAUGAAAUGUUUCAUUAAAACUUUUACCAGUA